AUGGAUCCCGGUGAGACCCCUCACACACUCCAGACAGAAAUGAAGAACAGUUCUGAGGCUGAUGGACCCGAUCUGAAGGAUUGCAGGGUUAAGGCAAGGAAAAGGAAGGUCAGCAAAAAUAAUGACGGACAAGCAGGAAAGACAAAGAGAGAAUCUGACAAGGAGUCUGCCUCCAGCUUGGUGGACGUUGCCCCUACUAAAGCUGAAGUGAGAGACCGAAGGAAGAAAUCGUUGAGAGUGAGAAGAGUAAAGAACAGGAGGAGGGUCUUAAUAAAACGCCAAAGAGCUAACUUUGUACGCCAAUACUGGCAGCUGGAUCAGAUUGGCAAAGGAGGUUUCGGAUCCGUGUUUGCUGGCUUCCGCAAAGCAGACUGGCAGCCAGUUGCCAUCAAACACGUAGAGGAUAAAAGUCUCCUCAAACCAGUGUGCUUAAAUGGGAGGGAGCUCCCCACAGAGGUGGCCAUAAUGAUGAAACUAGCAGCUGAAAAAAAUGACUCUGAGGGGAUGUCUGCACCGAUAGAAUUACUGGACUGGUAUGACCUGGGCAACGAGUUGAUACUGGUGCUGGAGAGACCAUUCCAUUGCAAGGACCUUCUCAAUUACACAAAUGACCAUGGGACUGUACCGGAGUGGAAGGCCAAAAUCCUGAUGAGACAGCUCGUGGAUGCUGCUAUUGGACUGGAGAAGAGGCAAAUAUUUCACCGCGACAUAAAACUCGAGAAUAUCUUAAUUGAUACAGGAUCUAGGGUCCCAGAGGUUCGCCUCAUUGACUUUGGUAUGAGUAAAAUUGUAGAAAAAGACACAAUAUUCACCAUAUUCAGUGGCACCGAAGCAUACAAACCUCCAGAGUGGUGCUUCCAAUCUUGCUACACGCCUGGUCCAACCACAGUGUGGCAGCUUGGGGCUGUCCUCUUUGAAAUACUCCAGAGAAAAAACUUUUCUACAGAAGACUUUCUCCAAAGGAAACUGAAAAUGCCCUCUAAACCAUCCGAAAACUGCAAAGAUUUCCUUCGACUGUGUUUGAUGAAAGACCCCGCGCUGCGCUCCACCCUGACAGAGCUCCAGCAUCACCCAUGGCUGAGAUGA